AUGGGAAAUCGCUUGCACCGAUCAGCUGUUCCCUCGGAUCGCGGUGGGAAUAAUAACUGGACAACACCAAGAAUAGCCGUCGGAAAAAAUCAGCCACUGAAACGCGGCGCUGUCCGUUGGCGCAGCUCGCAGCCAAUUUACGAGUCCCAUUUAAAACAAAAAAGAGAUGAGUUUUGGGAUACCGCACCGGCAUUUGAAGGGCGCCAAGAGAUUUGGGAUGCUCUUCGGUCCGCAGCUGAGGCCUCUGAACGCGGCGAUCAUGAGCUUGCACAGGCCAUAAUUGACAGCGCCAGCAUAAUUUUGCCAACAGGAACCUUGUCUGAGUGCUACGACGAACUGGGCAAUCGCUACCAACUCCCCGUCUUCGUGCUCUCUCGUCCAACCAACCUCGAGCCGGAUCCCUCCGGUGCUGCAAGCCCUGGUGAUCCAGCCGCUUCCCCCUCAGAAACCACCGCCGCCAUCACCCACGCAGACAGCGCCAAUAACCCUUUGUCACCCAGCGGCGACAGUGACGAGGAAAACGAGGGGGUCACUGUAGUCAGCCUCCACACUCCGCAUUCCCCUCCUGUCACUUCCACAGUCCCUCGAUUGAGCCCCACUCACGGACCAUUCCAUACCUUCAGCCGCCUCUUCCGUCGUCGACGAAGGGUCCACACUCUGAGCAGAAUUGUCCGCCGGAAACGCGGUGCUGGACGCAACCCGCACGGUUCCGAUUCGGCCAUGCUCGCCACGGGCAUGCCGACAGCGCCCUUCGAUCUGCGCGUGCGACUCUCCACUGGUGAUGAGCACACCCUCCCGGUGUCAGGCAGCCAGUCGGUGCUCGAGGUGAAGCGGCAGCUUGCCACGCUGAUUGGCUGGCCGCCCGAUCGGCAGCGAUGGUACUGCGCGGGCGUGGCGCUGCGCGACGGACUCCGCAUCGCCGACUGUCCGUCGGGAAUCGCGCCGCCGUUGAGUUUUGUUGUACAGGUCGUCGUGCAUUCGCCCUUUGAGCCCGAAUCUAGCUGGGCGCAGCAUCACCGACUGCGGAAAUUUUUGCAAAAAACGCAGAAGUUCCACACAUUGUGCUUGUUCUUAUCAGCCGUCGCCAUCAUUCUUUUGCUGUUCCAACUUGUCAUGUUCCUAAUUGCCAAGUAUGGCUCUUCGGAGGAUGAACUUCACGUGGCGCAAGCUGUUCUAGAUUCAAAACUAUUCCAAAGGCCUGUCAUUGAAAAGGUCGUGGAGCACUCCUCCAAUUUGUUGAAUUCCAGUGUUUCAUUAAAAGUAUUUAUGCCUUCGAAACACUUAUGUGGAUUUCCAGUUUCCAAAAUUUCUGAAGGACUUCAAGGGAAACCCGGUGUGAUUGGUACUUUAGUCCUUUUAAAAGGAGGUGUUGCACCGUCAUGGGUUACUUCCAAGUCCACUAUUCUUCCCGGAAAUGCUACCAAAGUACCAUCACUUAGCUUUGACGUCUACGCCUCAGUGUUUUGCGCGAAGAAGUUACUAAGUCAGUUGCCGAAUCCACAUCUCCUUAGAUAUAUCACAUUCCUUGAGAGGGCUGUCGCGGUACCACUCAGUCUCCCCGAGAAGGCCGACAUCAAUCGAGUCGAGUUUUGUUCGAAGCAUCUGGCGUCUGUCAAUCCCAGAUCGUCUACUUCGGCCGCCCACGCGCUCAUUCGUGCCUUCGCUGUCGGCAGCCAACUGGCCGAGGUGUAUCGUCUACAGCCACUGGCACCGGACACCCUCCCCCUUCACGUGACCACCCUCCCCUCACUGCAUUCCCGCCUCGAAGGCCUAGCUGUUCUCACAGCCGUCCUCACCUCAUUGGCUGGCACUGAUGAGGCUUUGUUUCAAGCUUACUUGGAGGCUCUGAAGUUGCCCAAGAACGACAGUGCUAUUCCGCUCAACAACGAAACCCUGAACCGCCCUCAGACGACGUAUCGUUCCUCGAGCCAGUUUUCCUGUGACUGCCCUCGUCUCUACCUCGUACACUCCAUCGCCGAGCGUCAACGCGCGAUUUUGAUGGCUUCGCUUCGCCAGGAGGCCACCCGCAUCCAGGCGGAUUUGGUCCGCACCGCCGCCGCCUCCUCCUCCGCCUCCUCUUUUUUGGCCUCGCUGUCUCCCAGCAACUUCUCGCACUCUGACUGGCCACAUCAAGCGCUUGCCGCGGUGACCGGUGCCCUCUGCAACCACUCCCUCCCCCUCGCCGCCUUCCCCAACCCCACUGGCCCCGCCCCAACCAUUUCCAUUUGCAGCGUCGGGAACGCGAGCAGUCGGAGUGACUGCAUUUCGGAGGAUAUUGUCCAGCGCCUCUGGGAGGUAACUGCGUAUGCGGACAAGGCAAUGUGGACCUCACCAGCACAGCAGCAAUUCUCCAAGCUGUCGUCGUAUCCGUUUCUGCGAAUCAUUGAGAAGCAAGUGGCCGGGGUGAAGACACGUCCAAAUGCCACCCCUGAAUCUCCGUGGCUCCACGUCUACAGCGGUCAGCCAGACUCGAUCGCGUUGAUGCUCCGCGCUCUCAACCUCACCUAUUCAUCGACGCACCGCACUGCGGGCCGUUUUGUCGUCGAGGUGUACGCUGGCGAUCCUCCGAAUCUGCGAUUUCUCGUUGACGACAACGACAUCACUCCGGAGCUAGGCUUCUGCGGUGGUUCAGGCGGCGUCUGUUCUGCCGAUCGAUUCACCGCGUACCUCGCCAGUCAGGGCUUCUGGCGAUUCGCGUCGUCGCGCAAACCGCAUAACUCCUCCGAGACGCCUGGCCAGGCGAGGAGUGAAAUGGAGCAAGAAGAAGAGUCGCAGGAGCCACAGAAUGAUCGCAAUAAUUCCGCCAUUGCUGAUGCCCCACCGCGUAGACUGACGCAGUUUCGUUUUAGCCAGGCGCUGAUCGCGCCGCCGCAGCGUCCACGCAGGGUCAAUUCCGUGGACUACGAGGACCCCAGCGCGUUGUUCCACGUUCUGGUUCCGGCUUUGAGGAAAGCGCAGAUCUUUUUCUCGGAAAACGAACUGCGUGAGAAGUGUCUCCGUCUGCGGAUUGGCGUGAUUGAGAGGCGUGACCUCAUGAAAGUCAUCCGUCAGAUCUUCGAGUAUCCGGAAGACCGACCCCGGAUGUACAGCAACAUCUCGCGAUCACCGUGUCAGAAGGUCACUCCGCACACUGCGGAGGAGAUUAUGCGCGCGAGGCGGCAACGCAAGGCUGCGCUUCUGAGCAAGUCGGCCCUGGUGAUUGAGGCCAUGUUGGUUCGGAACACCCAGCGUCAGGUCUUCGGCACACUGGGAAAACUGCACAUGUACAUGGACCGGGAGAGGAUAGACGAAUCCAUGGACGCCUUCGACUUGAUGCAGCUCCAGCGUGUUGGACGACCUCACGUCUUCCAGCACUCGCGCGCCCGGUUCGUGUGCAUUUUCUGCAACGUCGAAUGCGCCACAAUUGCCGCUUUGCAGGCCCACCUGAUAUCGCAGAAGCACCACUUCCUGAAUCUACCGGAGAUCUGGAGUCUGGCGAUCGAUAAGAUACGCCAGUAUGAGAUCACGAUCGCCAUCAACCGUGGCACACUCAAGUCUACCGAGUCGUCGCCGUACGUGACGACGUAUCCCACGCAGGAGCCUGCUGUGGACGAUGCCAACGACGAGGUGGCUUGGUUGUCUGCCAACAACGCGGAAUCCGGCUCAACGGAGGGUGAGAAGGUGAAUAACAGCCUGGAACCCGUUAUCGCGCACUACACAACCUGCCUGUUUUGCGGAAAAAAAAUCGAUUCUGCUGAAAUUCGCGAAGGUCAUUCUUGCACCAAUCAGCUAGACGAGUUCAUAGAGGUGGAGAUUGACCACUUCAACACCCACGGUAGCCCGCUGGUGUGCCUUCUCUGCGAUUGUCGCGUCUUCGAUUCCCCAGAGGCGCUGAUGGUGCACGCGGUGGGUCAGCACUGCGUCAGACCUGACCCCCAGACCUGCCCACUCUGCGAUUCAAGACUGGCCUCAACUGACACCGAUUGUCACCGCAUUGAUGAAAACAUCCAGCAGCACGUGCUGGAUCGACACUUGUGUCAAAUCCAUCUGCCGCACCUCGAGGUGAUUGGUCGUCUCUUUCACUCCUUCGGUGAAGUAAUCGCCCCUAAGGAGAUGCUCACCGCGUCGACGGCUUCCAUGAACUCGCUCAUAAGGUCGUACAGGUCAUUGCUGCACAGGUGCUGCUUCGAGGCGGGACAGCCGGCCGGCAGUGGACCCCCCUACCCCUUCGAACACUGGCGACCCCAACGAAGUCGCGCCACCACGAAGAACUUCACCGCCCUGUCAACCUCCGACAAGCUGAAGUACCAGCGGCCACAGCGUCUGCGCGCACGCCGGGCCUGUCUCUACGACCCGCGCAAAAUCUACACCAGUCUCUACGCCUCCUGGCUGCGGCGGUGUGCCACAAUCCGGUGGAGCAUUUUCUCCCACCUCGGCCGUCCAGCGACUCUGUGGUGUCCCUACACCGCCGAAACCAUGCCACAGAUGAUCGCUCACGUGGUCGGCGUCCAUGGAGGCAACUACCUGCUUCAGCCCGGGCUGCGCGCUGCGUUGCAGCGGCACCUGGACAAGACGAAGCGCCGAGAAGGCGGCGCGUUGGGCGAGAGCGUGGUCGAUGACUUCGGACGUCCGAGCAACUUUGUCUCCGACGAGGCGUUGGCCCAGCAGAGGCGAUCGGUUGCCCCGGUCUUCAAAAACACCCUGGACGUUUCUGUGGGCUGCCAGCUGCCUGGUGUGAAUCCGAUCGGAUUUGACAAAAAACGGCCCAAGUUUCGGCUAAGCCUAGCCGAGGAUCUGGAAGUAGCAGCGGUUCAUCAGGGGGUCCUAGACAAGGUGAAGCGAACAUUCGGGAAACUUGACCCACUCGUGCCGUGUUGUCGGAUAAACAAACAGUGCGCCUCCGACGAGACCAGUGAAGAUAUUACUGAAACCUUUUCUUCACGUGUCACGGUCUCCAAACCCUCCAUUUUCAGAGGUGUGGUCACGAAAACAUCUCAGGACAGCUUGGAAACCGUGAACCUGGAUGAUAAGCAGGUGAGGAAAACACUGUAUUCGGUCUCUUCUCGAAAGAGCCAAACCAAACAGGAGGCGCAGGUUCAGAAGGAUACAAGCAGCGUUAUGGACUCCAGACGCUCCCAACAGAAUGACCUCGUCGAAAAAGUCUUUUGUCGCCUGUGUCUUGAAGGUCCCAUGUCUUCCGACGCCGCCCUCGCAGAUCACAUCAACGAAUUUCAUCUUAGUGCUUACGCUGAGCGCGUCGAACGUGUGAAGAAGCGCGGAUCAUUCGUGGAGACGGUCGACUCCAUGCGGACCUGCUUCCAGUGUUACCGAGUGGUGGAAUCCUUCAUUGCGCUUCAGGUGAGCCUCGCGAACCGCGACCGCGAGUCGCAAAUUAUCGAGGCUGUGAAGGAGGCGUCGGAGAAGUCGGACCAACAUGUGCGACACUACCUCGAGGCCCAGGGCUACCUUGCCGAAAUCGACGUCGUCCAGCUGCUUCCUCCGGUCUCCCUCGACGCCAAGGCCUCCUCCAUCUUCCAGACUGUCCACGCGGGCCUGGCGAUUGCAGUCCACGCCGAGGAGAUCCGUGAGGUGCGGUCAGCCAUUGUGGCAGGGCAUGCGGCCACGCGAAUGCCCGCUUCCUACCUCCUCGAGUGCAUGCGUGCUCACGAGCGUCGACACGUUCAGCAGAUCCGCCAGGAGCACUUCAACAUGCCGAAGUUCAAGGCGAUCGUCGACUCCCGACCUAAUGGCCUGAAGGAACGCCAAAACAAAAAUAAGCUCUUUGUGGCACUGUGCGAAUCCUCUGCCGAGUAUAGGGACUUGGUGCGUAAGAGAAUUGACGAUGAAUGCGAGGUGCUGGACCAGCUUAUUGACAUGGAACUCGAUGUGCCACUGAGGGACUACCGGAAAACGAUACGCGGUAAAGCCGAGCGAGCUAAAAAUCUCGAAGACGACGAGGAAUUGCAAAGUGCUGCUGCUACUGUGCGCAUGUUUGAGUUAUUCAGAGAGAUCGGUGAAAGACUUGCUCGCGUACAAGAAGCAACCAGUGAAUAG